AUGGCUUGGGGGGCCCUUCUUAAUGCCUUUGGUGGCAUUUUCGUGCUUGGUGGUUCCCUCGUGAGCCUUGUGGGCACGGGCGCUUUGGAAUGCUUCUUGACAAAUGCCGCACCAAUGUGCUUUUGCUUCAAUGCGCUUCUUUCGGCCCUUGGCCGCAAUAGCAUUGUUCUGGUCCCUGUUGGCGUGGGCCCAGCGGACGAAUAUGUGGAGAUCAGAGUGACUUCUGAUGGCUAUCAUGAACUCGCGGUCUCCAGAAAGGUGGGCGCCGGCAAGAGCGAAAGCUUCAAUCAUAUCCGGCGGAAAACCUUGUGA